AUGCGGGAUGAGUCCGGACCUGUGGGGUUUACAGAAAAACUUCGAACCCCUCCUGCACUCCCAGGCGUAGAGGGCAAAUGGGGCUUGAUUGAGCUGCAGAAUGGCCUUGGAAACACUGAAUGGGACCUCGAGGACCCGGAGGAAACGAUAUCCUGGGGCUUUGGAAGGGUGGAUCAACAGCUGGAAAUGGUGUCUGGGAGCAUCCAGGCUCUGAAACACGUGGGUCAUGUUGGGGAGGAGUUGGAUGAGCAGGGUAUCAUUUUGGAGACCUUUACUCGUGAUCUAGACCAGGAGUCACUGAUAGAUUGGGUCCUCAGAAAGAUGGCUAACAUGCCCCCAAGUGACGAGUGGUGAGUUCUUGUAGGGUAAAGCCUGGAAUGGGGGUAGAAGGCAACAACUGGUGCCAUCCUCUUGACGUCUGACCCCCUUGUCUUCAGACAGACAGUACAUGCCCCUGUGGUGUGGUUUUCCUGGUCCUGAUCCUACUCCUUUCUCUGAUUUGGGAUGUUCUGGACUGAACCUGAACAAGCUGACCCAAGGAUCUCUUCCAGAGUUAGUAGGACCUUUAGGCCUUGAUUCAAUUGAUCAAGGUGACUCAGGGUGAUUUGGGAAGACCUUAUACAAGCUCUGCCCAAAGCCACUCACCUUUACGCCUUCUAAUCGUGCCAACAGAAAUAAAAUUUAGCAUAAAACUAUGUACCAUAUAGUGUUGAUCAAGCUUUGGAUUGUCUUUUGGGUGGCUUUUCUAAGCUUCCUGCUUAUUCUCAGGGACUCAGGUAUCUGUAUGUUGGGAACUGAAGUGCCUGUAUUUCACACAGAAAAGAUUAUGUUUUCGUUAGUGUGCAGACUCAUGUUCCUAUGGGACAUGUGGAGGUCAGAUGACUUUGUGAAGUGAGUUCUUUCCUACCUCUGCAUGGGUUCUGGGGGCCCAAGACAGGCCAC